GGAAGGGAGAAGGGAAGGGAGAAGGGAGCGGCGGGUCCCUCUCGGGGCUGUGGCCUCCGCUUCCCGUGCCGUGAGGGGGCACCCGCCCGCCGCCGGGCCGCCCAGGGCUCCUAAGCUGAGGGACCGUGGCCGGCGGCUGGGGAGGGGCGGCGGGGGCUCAGCCAUGCCCAGACAGCUUCCCGGCUGGAUUCCCGGCCUGAGGGCGGUGGAGGGGUAAAUGUGCUCGUGUACCUGGCUGUGUUUCCCUGGGCCCCGUGCUGGGCGUGCUCGUGUGUGGCGGCGGCGGUGGCAGCGCCCGCCCGAUCCGCGCUGAGGCGAGCACGCGUGCCAGAUCCAUUGGUGGCGGGGCUGGGAUACACACACCCUCAGCUCCAGGCGUGCACGCGGAGUGCGAUGUCCUCGUCUGGGAACUGUUCUGGCUGAGCGUGUGCGCGUGUGGCUCUCUUGGAGAGAAGUUGUAAGGCUGUGCGGAUAAUUAAUAUGGGUUAGACUAGGGGGAGAGAAUGAUGCCAGACGGUGUUUACGAUGUAUAUAAAUAAAGGCUGGGUGCUGAGAGGGUGGAUCCAGGCUCUUCUUGGUGGUGCCGAGCAAUAGUACAAGAGGCAGUGGGCGGAAACUGAGGCAUAGGAAGUUUCACCUGGAUAUGGGGAAGAACUUCUUUACUGUGGGAGUGACCACACUGGAACAGGUUGCCCAGAGAGGCUGUGGAGUCUCCCUCACCGGAGACAUUCAAGAACUGUCUGGAAACAAUGCUGUGCCAUGUGUGCUGGGAUGAUCGUGCUUGAGCAGGGAGGUUUGACCAGAUGACCACUGUGAUCUCUUCCAACCUUCCCCAUUCUGUGAUUCUGAGAAUAAUCAAACUGAAAUUUCAAACUGGUUACCACUGUUCACUUGUUCUGGCCUUCCCUCAGUGCUAUGAAGGUGACCACUGAAUCCUUAAGAAAGUGGUGGUGAACUUGAGAUUUUAUGCUCUGAAUUAUGGAAGUAUUUCAUGGGGGCAAACUUUUCCUGAAUUUAUGCUUUUAUGUCACUUAAGAUAUUUUUGAUUCAACAGUUGCAAAAAAAAUUAUGUGCACAGUCAAAGCCAUUUAGAGAAAAGAAGUAAAAGGCUGCAGCCUUUCAUCUCCUGUUCAUCUGUCACUCGGCUGUGGAGGGAUGAUGAUGAUGUGAGUUUGGAUCAGAUUUUCUAGGUGCAAGUUACACUUCUUAUGGUACAAAAGUUGGCAGUAACUUUUCAGAGAGAAAGUCUUACUUUUGUGGUUUUGUUUGUUUGUUUUAGUUGGAUUUGCUUGUAGAGGUGCCAGAUUUGCAGGUAAAAUGUAUUUUGACUUUUCUAAACAGCUCUAAAAGUUUGGGCUGUAGUAAAAAAAAAUAUUCAAACCAAAAUUACUUACAUCCUCAUUAUAUGUUAUGUGUGUAAGCAUAUAAGCAUAUGAGCAAUAAACAUAUUGUGCUCUCUGUUGCCUAAUGCUGAUGCCAGACUUUUUGCAAAUAAUUAGGGAGGACACCCUCACAUAGCCUGGAUUCCUUCAGUUCUGUCUCCCCAGCCUUGCAUGAGCAUUGCACAUCUGCACUCCUACGCAGUCUGUAGGUGAUCCAGAGGAUUGCAACUUGACUCACACUCUGUUGGAGAGGGUGCAGAAUAUACGGACACGAUACUCUGCAGAGAAAGAAAAUACAUCGGGAACCGUCAGUGAUGGAGGCCCCCACCGCCAGCGCGGCGCACCUGAGCGACUGGCAGCAAAGUUACUUUGCUGUCACCUCUGGCACCUGCACGCCCGGGCAGAAGGCAGAUGGGUACCGUGCCAAGAUCCUGCGCAUUCAGUAUGCAUGGGCAAACUCCGAGAUCUCCCAGGGCUGUGCUGCCAGCCUGUUUAAGAAGUACGCAGAGAAGUACUCCGCGAUUAUUGACUCUGGCAACGCAGAGACUGGCUUGAAUAACUAUGCGGAAAACAUUUUGACUUUGGCAAAAUGUCAGCAAAGUGACAGUGACAAGUGGCAAUCUGCCUUGACAACAGAUAAUGUGUUCGAAUUGAAGUGUGUGCGAGAGAGGAUGCGGGCUGGCAAAAUUUUCCAGAGCUCUCAGAUGGCACCGACAGAUGCCCGUGUACGAGCUGAUAAAAGGGUCAGCGCCUCCGCUGCUGCAGCUCUUCCUAAACUCGAUGUCUUCGGCAGUACCGGGGAGACUCGGCUCAGUGCUGGCUCAGCAAAAUGUGCAAGUCAGGGACCAGAUCUUCUUGGGCAUCCCUCAUCUUGCAAGUCCCUUCAAAGCAGUGUGCCUCCUGUGACCAGAACUUCAGACACACUUCCUGCCGCUUCAGCCUCCUUAAGCAAGCAGGUUCUUCCAGGUUUCCAGGCAACUCCACUCUUUGGAAGUAAAGAAGCCACUAAUAGUAGUUCUCUGAAAAUGCCAGGUAACUGUUGUGAUGGACAAAAUUCGUCUCUUUUCAACCAGUCAGCUGUACCUGCCUGGUCUGCAAAUUCUGGGAAAAGAAAAGCAUUCUAUGGUCUGGCUGAUGAAGGCAGCACAGCUGUUCCUAGCCUUGCUCCAUGUCAGGCUUCCAUUUCUGCAGAAACUAAUGGCUUUUCAGGGCAGAGAAACAGAAAUGAAGAGAGCAGUGCUCCUGGGUUUAAAACUGCAAAGGAACAGCUGUGGAUGGAUCAGCAAAAGAAAUCUCAAAACCAGCGUGCACCGGUCUCGUCAUAUGGAGGAGUAAAAAAAUCCCUGGGUGCAGGCAGGUCUCGGGGUCCGUUUGGCAAGUUUGUGCCUCCAGUUCCAAAACAAGAUGGAAGUGAAAAUGGAGGAGCACAGUGUAAGCCUCAUGCAGGGGAAUCAACAGACCCGUUGCUGCCUGUGGAUGAACGGCUGAAAAACAUAGAACCGAAAAUGGUUGAACUCAUCAUGCACGAGAUCAUGGACCACGGGCCUCCGGUCAGCUGGGAUGACAUUGCUGGAGUUGAGUUUGCCAAAGCUACUAUAAAAGAAAUAGUGGUGUGGCCCAUGCUGAGACCAGACAUCUUCACCGGCUUGCGUGGUCCUCCGAAGGGAAUUCUGCUCUUUGGCCCCCCUGGGACUGGCAAGACCCUCAUAGGCAAGUGCAUCGCAUGCCAGUCCGGAGCAACUUUUUUCAGCAUCAGUGCCUCCUCUCUGACUUCCAAGUGGGUGGGUGAGGGGGAGAAGAUGGUCCGUGCGCUGUUUGCCGUGGCGCGGUGUCAGCAGCCAGCAGUGAUUUUCAUCGAUGAGAUCGAUUCCCUGUUGUCCCAGCGCGGAGAGGGGGAGCACGAGUCGUCCAGGAGAAUAAAAACUGAAUUUCUGGUGCAGUUAGAUGGGGCAACAACCUCCUCUGAAGAUCGUAUCCUGGUGGUUGGAGCAACAAAUAGACCCCAGGAAAUUGAUGAAGCUGCCCGAAGGAGACUGGUGAAGAGACUGUACAUCCCUCUCCCAGAAGCCUCUGCCAGGAAGCAGAUUGUCACCCGGCUGAUGGCAAAGGAGCACUGCUCUCUGAAUGAAGAGGAAAUCAAGCUCAUAGUCCAGAAAACCGACGGGUUUUCUGGGGCGGACAUGACACAGCUCUGCCGGGAAGCUUCUCUGGGCCCUAUCCGCAGUCUGCAGUCCAUGGACAUUGCAACCAUCACGCCGGAGCAGGUGCGGCCCAUCUCUUUCCUGGACUUUGAGAGUGCCCUGAGGACAGUGCGGCCCAGCGUGUCCCCCAGGGACCUGGAGCUCUAUGACACCUGGAACCAGACGUUUGGCUGCGGCAGAUGAGCUGCAUCCCAGCUGUUUCACAGGAGCAGUUUAGGAUUUCAGCACUGCCAUGUAUUAAACCUGUGGCAAUUUAGUGCAUCUGCACUUGGUUUUGUUUCUGUCCUGGAAUUAAAGCUCCUCAUGUUAUGCAGGCAGAUGUCCAGGCUCUGGCUGAGGCCUUUGCCAACUGAAAAGACCGUGAGGAACUGCUGCUCAUGAUACGAGAAAUUGCUGAACAGCAGUGGCGUUGAGAGGCUGACAGCGUUUACAGAUUGCUGGGAGAGAUGGAAACAAAUUUCACUGAUGUUUAAGGGGAAGGUUAUCAAACCUCACAAAUAAUGGAAAGGAAUGCUGGGGAAAUCUAGCAAGGUCCACCAUGCUGUGUCAGUAAGGGAUUCAAGCAAUAGCAGAAAUUCCAAUUUUGGGUAGGAGUAUGGCAAAACUGGAUAGGGAAGAAUAAUUAGAGGUGCUUUCUUUGGGAGGCGACAGGAGCAGAGGAGGAGAGGGUGGAGGUGGAUGUGGACUUGUGUCCAAAAGUGAAAAAUGGAAGGGGGGACAAAAGAGGAAGGUCUCUUGAGUGUUGCUCUUGUCUGACAGCGUUUUGGCUCAUCACUGCAUUUAAUCCCAGCUUCUCAUUAAAAACUUUUUUUUUGAUGAUUUUCUGCUUGACCUUAACUUUCAGUGCUGCAUCAGCAUGUGUGGGUGUGAUUUAUUGGAAGGUCUGGACACCUGCAGGUGGAGAAGAGGCCGUGGGUCACAGGGGCUUUAGGAUCUGGGCCCAGCCAUGGGGUAGCCAGUGUGGGCAACCAGGUGCUAUAGGCAUCCAAAACUCACUGUCAAACUAAGGGCUGGACAAGCUGGCAAGGAGGAAGAACAGGAUUUGGAAAGAGCCCCCCAGUGGCAGGAUAAGGGGUCUGGGUGUGGAUAUUUGAUUAAGUUAAAUCCUGUGUCUGAAGGCUCUGUGAGUGAGGUGUCCUUGUGAAACUGGAGAGUGUGGGGCUCAUGUCACACACUGGUGACCUCGGGUGCUUGAGGCUGGAGCUGAGCAACAGGGUGGGGCUGUGGGUGGUUUUAUGGGAGUGCAUUUGUGUGUGUGCUGGGAAAGACACUGCUCCCUCUCCGUCCUUGUGUCUGUGUGUGUGUCUGUGUGUUUUUGUAUCUACUGGUUUCGACUGGGGGCUCAGCCUGGCUCCUGGCUGGAGCCCCAGGCAGAAGCAGCAGCAGCUGCAUCCAUCAGAUUCAGAUGGAAGAUGCCUUACCCUGAGAGUGCUGGGCUCUAGCGGUCAGGAAGGAGAAAUCCCAUGUCCCAACACCUCCUGGGUUCCACUGCUCCUUAAAAAGUCCUCAUGCAUCAAUGGUAAAAUUCUUGGCUAGCUUGUAUUUGGCAUUCUUACCCAAGACAUGAAAGAAUGCACAGCCUUUUAUUCACAUAACCUGUUCUUGCCCACUGGCUGAGCA